UUAGGUCCACCGCCGGUUCCAUGUGUUCGCUUUUCCAUUCAUUAAGCGGUAACGUUAAGCAGCACAAUUUUAAAUGAAAAAUCGACAUUAUUGUGAUUUUAGAAAACGGUAAUCUAUAGUUUCCCUUCUAAACAGACCAAAGCCGCACGUGUUGCUAAUCUAGCUAAAGAAGAAGUUGCGCUAAAGAGUAAAAAACAACAAUCUCAUUGCGAGUGAAGAUUUCAGAGCUGCUAGCUGUUUUGGAUGAAAGGUGCUCGCGCCACCAGCAUGAUUAAGGAAAACAGGUGGAACAUCCCCCCCAAUGCUCCUGCGUGCAUGGAGAAGCACCUGUGCGCGGCUCAGUACCGAGCAGAUGGCACCCUGCUGAUUGGUGCCUCCAACCUCGCUGGCAGGAACUGGCAGGGAUCCGUAUGGGUCUACAGUGACCCCGAGCAGGCCCCCAGCGAAGGAUUCUGCAAAGCUGGUGUGCAGACGGAGGCUGGAGUCACAGACGUCAGAUGGGUGGCUGAGAAGGGGAUUGUUGCUGCAUCAGAUUCAGGUGCCUUGGAGCUCUGGGAGCUGGCAGAGAACGAGCACCUGUUGGUGAAUCGUUUUACCAGAUAUGACCACGACAACGUGGUCACCACGGUGAGCCCUGUCGUUGGAGGAAGCGGUGCUGUGACGGGCAGCAUGGACUGCAGAAUUAAAGUCUGGGAUCUCAGUCAGGAAACUGUUGUCACCACCUACAAUGUGCACACACAGCCUGUUAAUAGUGUUGCCUGCAGUCCUACAGACGAGUCUCUCUUCAUCUCCUGUGGCCAAGAUGGCCGAGUGCUGAUGUGGGACAAGAGGAAGCCGAACAAACCAGCCUCAAAAAUCGAUGUGGAGCCCUCGAGUGGCUCUGCUACCACCGUUGCUUGGCACCCCCACCACAGAAGCACCAUUGCAUUUGGUGAUGAGCUGGGCAGAGUGGCCGUAAAAGAUUUCCUGGGAACCGAACCGGCCCGGGUGAAGACGGUCCACAGCCGCAGAGUUAACAGCCUCGCCUUCUCCACGAACAGUGAUGCUUUGCUGGCCUCCACCAGCGAUGACUGCUCCCUCGCUGUUGUGAACUCUGAGCUGCAAGAAGUGCUCAGAGAUCGGCGACACCAGGACUUUGUCACAGGUGUUUGCUGGCUUCAUGGGAGCUCCACCGCUCUCACAACCGUAGGCUGGGAUCAUCUUGUGCUCCAUCACACCGUGACUCCAGCUGCUGGAUCCUCUGAUUCCUCAUCUUAGUCUUUAACACUUUAAGUUUUAUCUUUGAAAGCAGUUUGUCUUCACAACAAUUUCAUCUCACGGUUUAGCCUAAUUUAGAUGGAAAACUCUUUGUUUGCUCCGUUUCCAAGUUUAAAUGUAAUGGAUUUCAGAUUUUAUUUAAGCUGUUAUUUUUUCGCACUUAAGAGUUCCUAUAAAAAGUUUUCAC